AUGCCUACUGUUGCUGAACUUAUUUUAUUGUACAGUAAUGAACGUUGUAAUCGUUCACGAAUGCAUGAUCAAGGAACAAGUGCAGAACGUAGAUACAAGCGCAGUCAUCGUAGGUCUCCUGGUUCAACCAAUCAUCAACGUCGUAGACUUAGGCGCCAUCCAUCACCUGGAAGCGGAGAUGAAAAUAUGCAUCAUAGACACCAUAGACAUAAAGAACGGUCACAUUCAAAGGUCAGUAGUUAA